AUGGCAUACAGUACCCCAUUACUAUACAUUGAGCAGGAGCCAUGGCUGCAUAUUCUACCUGCAGAGCCAGCAAUAGAACCCUGCUUUUCAAUUCAAAGAGCAUAUCUCCCCGGUUUUGAGGAUGUCGUAUACAUUAUCGGUGAACACCUUGCAGAGCAACCAAUUCCAUGCCGUAGGGUUAUACCGCUUAGUACAGACCAGUGUCCUAUCUGCCAGAUGCUCCGCCAUAGAAACUAUACCUACCAGUACCUUCUACCAGUCGAGGUACAUGUCAGAAAUGAAUUCAUUCCUGUUUGUUGUGGGAAGCAUAUCCCAUUGAUAGUUGGCGACAGGACUGCAUCAUACCAUUCUCCGGCUGAUGGCACCGGGGCUACAAAAAAUAUUACCUUCGUUCAAUCGACAAUAAAUCUCCCUAAGUAUUUUAUACUAGACAAUGAAGAGGUAGACUACCGUCGAUGUCGUCACCAGCCUCGUGAUUGUCCUCCAAAGAGAAGCCAGAGGGAACAUAGAAGACGAAGCAGGCCACAUCACCGGGCAGACGAGCUCCAUACACAAGAAAGAAAACGAGUAGAAUUUAAAAAUCUGGAAGUGCAUAAUGAUACCCGGGAAAGUCGUUCCAAGUCAACUAGAACUCCUUCGCCUAUAACCUUCUCAAGGGCUUCGAAAUUGGCCGAGAGCCCUACACCAGUACGUACUGACAAGGCCACUGCCAUACCACCUCAAGCCCCAUCUGGUUCAACCAAGCAUUCUCCUACAAAAUCUCAAAGGCCUGCGUCUGAUACAGCACAAAACUUGGUAUCAUACCACCAUACAAACUCGCAGUCCCGCGCAAUCCGCAAAACCCACCGGAAAGCAGGCCGAGAGUAA